CUUAUAUACAAACUAGUUCGUCCAUUUCUCUCUCACGCACGCUCUCUCUUUCAGAAGGCGAUUGCAGAGAACACUGGAUACUGUGAAAGACAAACAGAUAGAUAGGAAAGGGAAGACACAUAGACAAAUAAAGAGAAAAAACGACAGUCACGUCAUAGACUGUAUAUAUCUUUUACAUAUUCUAAGACUUCACCGUUUCUGGAUUAUUCCUUUUGUUAAAUAACUCAACUCGAUUUCUGCAAAGCAUCAGAAGACACUCUAAUGAUAUUGAAGUUUUAAAACACCAUAUUCUCAAGAUCAAUAGAAGAAAAAUCGGAUCGGAUGCAAGGUUUUGAGCUACCGCCUGCCUCGCUGGUGGGAUUAGAAGAUGCGGGAACCAGUGGGAUGUUGUCCGAGAUGUUUAAUUUCUCGACUGGAGGCGUGAGUACCGGAUCGGUACAAAACCAAAUGAACUACCAAAAAGAAGACUUGAAUGUGGAUGCUGGAGAUUGGUAUGGUAACACUGCUCAAGCCAUGCAACUUUUUGUGAUGAACCCAUCACAAGAAUCUCCUUCCUCUCAAUCUUCUUCUCACCAUCACCAUAAUAUUCUUUCAAGUUCUUCAUCAACACAUCACAUGUCCUCGCAAUUCCCAUGGGUACCUCCUGGUGGUGGACAAAGCCAUGGGCUUUCUUUAUCUUUAUCUUCUACUUUGCAACACUUGGAAGCAGCUAAGGUUGAGGAGUUAAGAAUAGGUGAUGAUCCAGCAACUGGGAUGUUGUGUUUUAAUCAAAGAGGCGGUGGUGGAAGCGAUCCGUAUCAGAAUAUGCAAUUGAUGAGUCCAACACAACAUCCAAUUCAUGUCGGGUAUGGAUCGUCUUCUACUUUAGGUGUAGUGAAAGCAUUGAGGACAUCUAGAUAUGUGAAGGCAGCUCAAGAACUGCUGGAAGAGUUUUGUAGCAUUGGAAGAGGUGAAUUGAAGAUAAACAAGUCCAAAUCGAAACGUGACACGAAUCUAAAUCCGAGUAACAGUGACGAAGGCGGUGGUGGUGCAUCUUCGACUUCGAUUACGGAUCUCAGUCCUUUGUCAUCUGCUGAAAGAAUUGAACAUCAAAGGCGGAAAACUAAACUAUUAGCCAUGCUUGAUGAGGUGGAUCGGAGAUACAAUCACUACUGCGAACAAAUGCAAAUAGUGGUAAAUUCAUUCGACAUGGUAUUGGGUUUAGGGGCUGCUGUUCCAUACACAGCAUUAGCGCGAAAGGCCAUGUCUCGCCAUUUUCGGUGUUUAAAGGAUGCAAUAGCAGCCCAAUUGAAGCACAUCUGUGGGUUAUUGGGUGAAAAAGAUGUGGCUACUUCUGGGGUGACCAAAGGAGAGACACCAAGGCUUAAAUUGUUGGAACAAAGCCUAAGACAACAAAAGGCAUUCCAUCAAAUGGGGAUGAUGGAACCAGAAGCAUGGAGACCUCAACGAGGCUUACCCGAACGAUCGGUUAAUAUAUUGAGAUCAUGGCUUUUCGAGCAUUUUCUACACCCGUAUCCUAGCGAUGCCGAUAAACACCUGUUGUCUCGGCAGACUGGCCUCUCCAGAAACCAGGUGUCAAAUUGGUUCAUAAAUGCUAGGGUCAGGUUGUGGAAACCCAUGGUAGAAGAAAUGUACCAACAAGAAAGCAAAGAAGAAGCUGAAAAUCAUAAUAAUGAUCAUAAUGAUGAUGAUCAAGAACAAAAAGAUAAAGAAAACCCUAAAUAUCAUAGUUACAAAAAUAAUACCAAUAAUAAUGACCAAGCUUCUACCACCACCACCACCACAACAUCAACACAUGCAAAAGGAUCCCAAAUCAAUGACUCUGAAAACGACCCUUCAGUGUUUGCAAUCAAUGCCCAAUAUUGUCUCUCAGAAACCCAAGCUGCUAAUAUGUCCUACUCGUACUCUCAUAUCUCAAACACAACCGGCGGCAUUACCACCGUGGCACCACAACCCUUUGAUGGUGACACAUGCCAACCCAGCAGCGGGUUCGGCGCUGAAUACAGGACCACCGCAGGAGACGAUGCUGCUGACAUUGGGUCAAGACUUGUAAGAUUUGGGACCAAUUCUGGUGACGUGUCACUCACUUUAGGGUUACAUCACGCCGGAAACCUACCGGAGAAGGCGUCUUUUUUUAGUUAAUUUCGGGUGUUUUAAGUUAUUAUGUAAUUGAUCAUAUUAUGUUUUUUAGUUGUCGGUCUAAUUUUUACUUGAUUAUUAUUAUUAUACCUUGAAUCUCAUAUGCUUCUUCAGUUU